AUGUACGUUCACUGCAAAGAAGGCACGGGACGCAGUGUGGCGGUGACCUUGUGUUGGCUCGUGGCUGCUCGUGAAAUGGAUUCUUUAGCGGCACAAGAGUAUCUGAGUGGGAAACGCCACGUGCGCAAAGUCGCUUUACUUGCAUCCAGAUGUCCGGAUGGAGUGCUGCCAAGGAGAAGGAAAAAACUCUGGAUUCUGUCCGAUCAGAAACUUCGCGUCGAGAACGUCAAUGCGUUGCUGGAUAUCCACAUGGCGAACUUUGAACGGUACAUGAUCGAGAAAAAUGAAGGUGCAUUGGCGCGCUCGCAUUCGUUUUACCAUGCAAAAGGCCUGGGACUCUUUGCGGUGCCAUGUCAAUCUAUUGCAAAGCUUUACACUGCCAACGUAGGACAUCUGAAAGGGGCAGCGCAAGUGAGGCACAAGCGAGCCCGAAGAUAUAGUAGAAAAUGGGGGUUCUUCGAUAAUCAAGACGUACUUGGACGUGACGCAGAGCAAGGUGCAUGCUGGAGAGGCGGGGGCAAAGAAAAGGAGUUCAAGGACGUGACGGGCGUCAUGGAAGGCGUGCAGUCGUACUUUGACCGAGACGUGAGCUCCUGCUGUACCGCAUUGAGCGUCGACGGUACAAGGAGCUACGGCAGAAACAGACGGAGAGUGUGCCGCUUGUAUCCACCCCUGGGUGGGGAUCUUGUCCACUUUGAGUCGCACAUCGCUUUGACUACACUUACGAAAUCCCCUCAAGUCGUAGUCGUUGUCGUUGGCUGGCAAAAAUGA